AUGAGAAGACCACGAUUUGUAGCCCUGUGCGCUGCCGCCGCGCUCCAGUCCUCUACCCCAUGGGGCGGUUCCGCCAGCUCGGGGCUGGCUAGGGCUGAAGAGGCUGUCGCACCGGCGUCCACGAUGGACGCCGCGUUCGAGGAGCAGCUGAAGGACGGAGCGGAGGCUUUCGAGUUCCAGGCCGAGGUGAACCGCCUGAUGGACAUCAUCAUCAACUCGCUCUACAAAAACAAGGACAUCUUCCUGCGCGAGCUCAUCAGCAACGCGUCGGAUGCCCUCGACAAGAUCAGGUUCCUGUCGGUGUCAGACCCGGACAAGCUCGGCACCGCUAAGGACCUCGAAAUCCGCAUCUCUGCCGACAAGGACGCGCGUACCCUGACGAUCAGAGAUGCCGGGGUGGGCAUGACGAAGGCGGACCUCAUCUCGAACCUUGGAACCGUGGCCCGUUCGGGCACGACCAACUUCGUGGAGGCCUUGACAGAGACCGGAGAUCUCGGGCUGAUCGGACAGUUCGGCGUCGGGUUCUACUCGGUCUACCUCGUGGCGGACAAAGUGCAGGUGAUCUCCAAGAGCAACGACGACGACCAGUACGUGUGGGAAUCCACGGCUGACAGCACCUUCACCGUGUCCAAAGACCCUCGCGGGAACACGCUGGGCCGAGGAACGGAGAUCGUUCUUCACCUUAAGGAGGAUGCUGGUGAGUUCCUGUCGGAGUCCACGCUCAAGAACCUCAUCCACCGCUACUCCGAGUUCAUCACCUUCCCCAUCUACCAGCUGGUGGAGAAGGAAGAGGAGAUUGAGGUAGAAGACGACGAGGAAGAGGAGGAGGACGACGGUGACGAGGACUCGGGAGACGAAGAUGGUGACGAGGAAGAUGAGUUCGAAGAGGUGGAAGUGGACGUGAAGUACAAGACCGUCAAGACGUUGGACUGGGAGAGGGUUAACGCCAACGUGGCCGUGUGGGCGCGUGACAAGGACGAGAUCACCGACGAGGAGUACCACAACUUCUACAAGGCCCUCUCCGGAGAUACUUCGGACGCGGCGACGUGGAUCCACUUCAAGGCCGAGGGAGAAGUGGAGUUCAAGUCCAUCCUCUUCGCGCCUAGCAAGGCGCCGCACAACAUGUACGACCACUACUACGACGACUCCCGCGGCGGGCUUAAGCUGUACGUUCGCAAGGUGCUAAUCACCGACGAGUUCGACGAGCUGUUGCCCCGGUACCUUUCCUUCAUCCGCGGAGUGGUGGACUCGGACGACCUGCCCCUCAACGUCAGCCGCGAGAUGCUUCAGGAGCACAAGGUGUUGAAGGUGAUGGCGAAGAAGCUUGUUCGGAAGACUCUGGAGAUGCUCCGCAAGCUGGCAACGGAGGAAGUCGAAGACGAGGAGGGAGAGGAGGAGCACCCUUACAUCCAGUUCUGGGACGAGUUCGGCAAGAGCAUCAAGCUCGGCGUGAUGGAGGACAACGCCAACAAGAGCAAGCUCGUGAAGCUGCUGAGGUUCAAGACCAACAAGUCCGACGGCAAGUGGGUCAGCUUGGAGGACUACGUGGCCGGCAUGCCGGAAUGGCAGUCCUCCAUCUUCUACAUCGCGGGGGAGUCCACGGAGGCUGUGGAGAAGUCCCCCUUCCUGGAGAAGCUGAACAAGAAGGGGCUCGAGGUCCUCUACCUCACGGAGCCUAUCGACGAGAUGACGAUGGGUUCCAUCACUGACUUCGAAGACAAGAAGAUGCAGUCCGUGACGAAGGAAGGGCUUAGCUUCGGGGACGAGGAUGUGGCCGACGUGAAGAAGAGAGAAAAAUACUACAAGAAGAUGUUCACCCCCCUCGCCGAACACCUCAAGGACAUGUUCAAGGGCAAGAUCAGCAAGGUGUCCGUCAGCCAGCGCGUGGAGGGAACCCCCGCCAUCAUCGUGUCGGCCGCGUACGGGUACAGCGCCAACAUGGAGCGCAUCAUGAAGGCGCAGACCCUGGCCGACAGCAAGCAGAUGGGUUUACUCGGGGGGCACCGCAGCAUGGAGAUCAACCCGCGACACCCCAUCGUGCACGAGCUCAACAAGAAGAUCGAAGAAGACCCUGAUUCUGAGGAGACGAAGGACUUGUCCUGGCUUCUUUACGAGACUGCUCUCACUGCUUCGGGUUUCCAGGUGGAAGAUACCGAGGCAUUCGCCAACCGGGUACAGCGUGCCAUGGCCAAGACCCUGAACCUUAGCAGCAUGGACCUCCUCGAGGAGAUGGAGAUUCCAGAUGAGGAGGAAGAGGAGGAGGGUGAGGGCGAUGAGCAGUUUCAAGACCUCGACGAGCUCUGAGUGAGUUGUUGGAGGAGGCUUUCCCGGCGGGAACCAAUCCAGCAGGCGCCCCCCCCCCCUCCCCCCCUACUGCAGCGUUCCACGUGCCCCCUUUCAUCGGCCGUGGUCGGCCGCCUCUUCCAGCGUUGAGGGUGAUUUUUGUUGUUGAUCGUCCUGGCUGAUGUGUCCGGAAUUGUACCGAAAGGUGAAAGGACCGAUGUCCGGAAAAAAUGGCAUGGAAAAUAAUAAAAAGGUUCAAGGCUAGGGGGGGAGAUUGCUCUCAGCGUGAUUGUCUUUUUGCUCGCGGGAUAUAUCCCGCCCUGCAGUUCUGCAGAAACCGGGAUUGUGCUUGCAUCCCGUUAUUCGGUCGCAAUGGCAGCCGUACCAGUGUUUUGUGUGCACACGUGUGCGCACGAGUCGUUUUUUUGUGGGUGAAAGUGAUGUUUUAUUUGCAACGUCUACUGCUGUAACUGGAGGUUUUUUCUGGCGGGGGAAUACUCAACCCGCGUGACGGCUCAUGCCAACGUUUGCUACGGUAGUGUAUUUGAAGUGUGAUUCUAUCGAGUUGUAGAGUCAUGGGCGUGGCAGGGGGGCAGCGGGUGGGGUAUCUUCUCUCUCGCAUCGUUUCCUUGCUGUUUUUGAUGUGGGCGUUUCUGUCAUUCGCGAUUGGAUGGAUCCUCACAGCGGUGAAUCUUGCUGUUUUUGUGGUGUGGGAUUGUUGUGUGAAGCUUGACUAGUCCACGAAAAUAGUAAGGGAUAUCCGCUCCCCUCACUGCGCCAUGGGAGAGAGAUCUGUAAAUCAUUUUACUUUACUUUUUUCACGUGACCGAAAGAAACACGGCAAUAUUUACCGCC